CUCAGUGCGUCCAGCAAACAAUGAAUUUAACCUAAAAAACUACCGAAAAGGUUGAACUGUUUGUGAUUGUUUUUGAUUAAUUCAUGUCAUAAUUCCUAGACUAUCAAUUUGUUAAUUAAAUGAGUGAGUAUCUGGUGGUUGCCCAUCUCUCAAUAUUUUUGAGUGAAUAAAGAGGGCUAGUAAGUAAGAAUAAACCACGAUUUUUCCCAGAAAGGGUCGAACGUCAAUAACCAAUCUUUUAGUUGUCAAAAUCAUAAACAUCAAUUGCCACUAAGAAAUCGGCAAAAUAGAUAAGAAAUGUCGUCCGACGUUCGUGAUAUUCUUGACAUCGAGAGCCCAGCAGCAACAGAGUUGACUCGUGAAUCGAUAUUUGGUAAUGACAAGAAGACCAAACGUCGAUAUGAUAAUCAAAACAAAGGGCCGAAACGUCCUGAGGGUAUGCAUAGGGAAGUGUUUGCUCUAUUGUGUAAAGACAAUACCGAUGUACCUCCUCUAUUCCCCACCGAUACUGGGAAAGGUUACAAGCAGGUGAGGGCCAAGCUGGGGAUGAAAAAGGUGAGGAACUGGAAAUGGACACCUUUUACAAAUCCAGCGAGGGCUGAUGGAGCUGUUUUCCAUCAUUGGAGGCGGGUAGCUGAUGCUGGUAAAGAGUAUCCCUUUGCUAAAUUCAAUAAGAAAGUUCCCAUACCCAAUUAUUCGAAUGCUGAGUACGUUCAGCACUUGGUGAGCAACGGGUGGACAAGAGCUGAAACUGAUCAUCUGUUUGACCUGUGUAAGAGAUUCGACUUGAGAUUUAUCAUCAUUCAAGACCGCUGGGAUAGUUCCAAGUUCAGUCCUAGGACUGUUGAGGACUUGAAGGAAAGAUACUACCAAGUAUGUGGCGCCCUGACAAAAGCUAAAUCUCACAGUGACAAGAUAUACAGUUUCGACGCAGAACACGAGAAACGACGAAAAGAGCAAUUAAAGAAACUAUUCGAACGAACACCAGAGCAAGUGGAGGAGGAGCAAACCCUUCUAACUGAGCUACGAAAGAUCGAGCAGAGGAAAAAAGAGCGAGACCGUAAAACCCAAGACUUGCAGAAAUUAAUCACAGCCGCUGAUCAUCAAGCAGACCCCAGGAAGAGUGAGAAGAAAGCUGUGAAAAAGAAUACCACAACGUCACGCAAUAGACCAAACAAAUCAGAUGCUGCAUAUACCCAAAAACUCCAGGUCGUCGAGUCGGCGGGUAUAAAAUUUCCAGAUUUUAAAAAUAGCGGUGUGAGUCUUCGCUCCCAGAGAAUUAAAUUGCCAAGCAGUCUUGGGCAGAAAAAAAUGAAGGGAAUCGAACAGAUGUUGAAUGAACUCCAAAUAGAGCUGAAUCCACCUCCUACCGAACAAAUUUGCCAGCAAUUUAAUGAAUUACGGAGUGACAUUGUUCUUCAUUAUGAGUUGCGAGGUGCUCUCGCUACCUGUGAUUAUGAAUUGCAGUCAUUGCGCCAUCAGUACGAGGCAUUGGCACCUGGGAAGACGCUGACAAUCCCCCCAGCUCUUUUACCUAAGAACGAACCCGAGAUGAAGGCAGAUAUAAUUGAUGUCGUAGGAUCCCCAACAAUGCCCACAACAACACAAUGAUUGCCCUGUAUUGUUAAAUCAGUGAUGGGGAGAUGAAGAAUAGGUACCAAAUCAAAUAUUUAAACUUGAUGUGAUUGACGAAAAUAUGUGCGACGUUUUGGAGUGUAUUUUCAGCACAGUUUUUGUGGAAAAAACUUUUCAAAGAUAUUUACGUCAUGUGGAAACAGUUCGUAGGCUAUUCUCUUCAUAUCCUUGAAAGGUAGCUUUUCAGAGGAGAAUUUUCAACAGAAAGACCUCUUGACAUUUAGCUCUGAAGCUCCUCCAUUCAAACAUAUUAUAAUUUCUCCGGAGAUUCGUUGCCUAUUUUUUAUCAAUCCGCCAAAAAUAUCAAAUGUCAUAAAUGAUUGUAUUGUCAUCCACAUGAACUUUGACAAACUGUACUCGGGGGGUGAGGUGUAAAUAAUAAUAACACAUUACUUAAUUACUUA